GGCUGCGUAGAAUAGAAAUUUUAAUUAGAAGAAGCGUAGUAGGGUAACAUGCAAGCCGCCGGCUCUGAAAUCUUUAGGACCGUCGACGCGUUUCUCGCGCUGCUGCAGAGUCCGGCCGUUAGCGAACAGAUGAGCGUAGAAAAUGCGACGCAAGCUUUCAGCUGCGCUCACUACGUCGAGGUCGCCGUUGCCAAGGUGCAGGCCGAGGGCAAGAAAUCGCCCUUCGAGAAGUGCCUACGUCGGGAGCUCGGGCGGAAGCUGUUUCCGCAGAAUCGGGACAUCACGUGCUCCGAUCUGGAGAGAGCUUGCGACAAACUGUUGGAGUGUUACAUGAAGGACAGUCGCGUUCCCACGGAGGUAGUCGACGAAUACCUGAAACUGUACACCCAACAUUUUGGACAGGACAGACUGAACGCCUUCCUGAAUCAAAUGCUAGGCAGCUCCAUUGCCGCGAACGUGAUCGUGGAAUCUUUAGGGGAACUAGGAGUACCGUCGUCUCGCCUGGAGGACGAGGCGUUGAUCAUGUCGUGGCAAAUGGCAAUAGCCAACGGCGACGAGGACGAAGUAACGGAAUGCGUGAAUAAGAUGUUGAACGACGACCACGUCUCGAGACUCGUACACUUGGCGGUUGAGUCGCACGACGACACGAUUAGGCGAUUGGUUGUACAAACUUUUACCCCGAAGCUAACCGACUACGAUCCCGAGAUAUGCGUAGCUCUGGUAGAUACCGAAAAGAAAUCGCUCUUGAGACUACUUCAGGACAGCACUCAGUUCUCCAUAGAUUUCGUCGAUGCGAUAUUCUACUUCGGCCGAAACAUGUACCACGUGGACGGAAUGUGGUGCUCGAAUUUUAAAUUCGAGUACAAACAUCUCUGCCAGAUAGUGAAAAUUUUGCUGAACGGCCCUCGCGCAAUUCGCGAACGAGUACACAAUAGAAUGACUACCGUUAAAACUCAGCCGGAUAGUGAGAUAUGGAGCAAUGUUGAAGCAGAUAUCUUUAAUUGAUUUUUUCAGAUUUGAUUUGACGAUUUUGUAAUAUAAAGUAUAUUUUGUAUUGUUCUAUAAUAUAAUUCUUUUGCAAAAGGAGAAUAAAAAAUUGUCCAUCGCUUGUAAAUCUGUUUUGUUAACGAAAUAAUUACCAAUCCUAUAUUAAGAAAAAAUUUAAGACGUGAAAAGUUUAAUUACUUUACAUAUCUGUACGGCGAUCUUUUUCUUACCAUUAUAAAUUUGCCAUCGUUUUGUCAAAUAAGAAACGCAUGUAUUUAUUUUAUUAA